UUUAAUUUGUAUCGUAUUUGUGGGAAGUGAAGUCAGUCAGCGGGUGACAACUUUUUUAUCCUUCAGUACCAGUUUGUGGGAGCGGGUGUCAUGGCUCCAGCUAGCCCCGUCAGCUAGCCCCGUCAGCUAGCAUGUCACCCUGGAGGAGAGACGGCGGCGGUGAAGCUGGCUGGAGGGGCAGCUGCUUCAUGUGAGAGCGGCCAGGUAUGCUAGUACUGCACCUCUUCCGGAGAUCUUCGCUUCUACAGCGGUCAGGGGUCCAGCGGAGGUGUUUCUGCGCGGCGCUGGGUGGCAGGUGUCCGGACACGACGCAGGAGGCAGAGAUGAUCCGGAGCCGGGCUCAGAUCAAGAAGGUCCUCUGCGUAGCCGAGAAGAACGAUGCAGCCAAAGGCAUCUCCGAGAUCAUGUCCGGCGGCACAGCCAGGAGGAGGGAAGGAAUGUCAAAGUUUAAUAAAAUCUACGAGUACGAAUAUCAUCUCUUCGGUCAGAAUGUGACAGUGACCAUGACGUCAGUAUCAGGUCAUCUACUGGGCAUGGAGUUCAAAGCACCGUUCCAGAAAUGGCACAGCUGCAAUCCUGUGCUGCUGUUUGACGCAGAGGUGGAGAAGUAUUGUCCAGACAACAUGAUGCAAAUCAAGCGGACUCUAGAGAAGGAGGUGAGGCAGUGCCAGGCCUUGGUCAUAUGGACGGAUUGUGACAGGGAGGGAGAAAACAUCGGAUUUGAAAUCAUAGACGUUUGCAAAGCAGUAAAGUCAAACAUACAAGUCUUUCGGGCCAAGUUUUCUGAGAUCACACCCAACUCAAUUCGGAGAGCUUGUGAAACUCUCCUGGAGCCGGAUGUUAAUGUCAGCGAUGCUGUUGAUGUCCGCCAGGAGCUGGACUUGCGGAUAGGUGCAUCCUUCACCCGAUUCCAGACGCUUCGCCUGCAGAAGAUCUUUCCAGCGUCCCUGGCCAAUCAGCUAAUCUCAUACGGCAGCUGUCAGUUUCCCACUUUGGGCUUUGUGGUGGAGCGGUUCAAAGCCAUCCAGGCCUUCAUACCGGAGACUUUCUACAAGAUCAAAGUGCUGCACGAGGUGGAGGAGGACUCUGUGGAGUUCAACUGGAAAAGAAACCGUCUGUUCAGUCACACAGCUUGUCUGGUGCUCUAUCAGAUCUGCAUGGAGGAUCCCAUAGCAACCGUCACCUCAGUAACCAGCAAACCCAAGAGUAAAUGGAGACCGCUGCCUUUGGACACUGUGGAAAUGGAGAAACUGGCAUCUCGGAAACUAAAGAUCAAUGCCAAAGAGGCCAUGAGAAUUGCAGAAAAACUCUAUACCCAAGGGUUUAUCAGCUAUCCCCGCACAGAGACCAACAUCUUUCCUGCGAACCUGGCUCUGGCCCCCCUGGUGGAGCAGCAGGCACAAAGCCCAGACUGGGGGACGUUUGCCCAGCGGGUGCUUGACCAGCCGGGGGGUCCCAACCCACGGCAGGGCAAGAACUCCGACCAGGCCCACCCUCCCAUACACCCCACCAAGUACACCGGCACGCUGCAGGGCAACGAAGGACGUCUGUAUGAGUUCAUUGUCCGGCACUUCUUAGCCUGCGUAUCCCAGGAUGCUUUGGGGCAGGAGACUGUGGUGGACAUAGACAUCGCUCAGGAGAAGUUCUCCACCUCUGGACUCAUGAUCAUUGCAAGGAACUACCUGGAUGUUUACCCCUAUGACAAGUGGAGCACCAAGGUGAUCCCAGUGUAUGAACAAGAAUCCCAGUUCCAGCCCUCUGCUAUCGAGAUGGUGGACGGACAGACGAGUCCUCCGCAGCUGCUCACCGAAGCCGACCUCAUAUCGCUGAUGGAGAAACACGGCAUCGGCACAGAUGCAACCCAUGCAGACCACAUUGAGACCAUAAAGAGCCGCAUGUAUGUGGGUUUGACAGCCGACCAGAGGUUUCUCCCUGGAGAACUUGGCAUGGGACUGGUGGAGGGGUAUAAUUCCAUGGGCUAUGAGAUGUCAAAACCAAACCUCCGUGCUGAGUUGGAGGCGGACCUGAAGCUGGUGUCAGAGGGCAGGAAAGACAAACGGAGCGUGCUGCAGCACCACAUCCAGAAAUACAAGAGCGUCUUCAUUGAGUCCGUCAGGAAGGCAAAAAAGUUAGAUGAAGCUCUGUCACCAUAUCUGGGUGCAGCUCAGGAGAUCCCUGAAGCUCAGGAGCAGGACAUGGAGAUCCCGCUGCCGGUGAGGAAGUGCCCUAACUGUGGCCGGGACAUGGUGCUGAAGAAGAAGAGGGAAGGAAACAGUAAAUUCUUGUCAUGUGUGGGAUACCCGGCCUGUAAGACGGCCGUGUGGUUUCCUGACGUGGUGCAGGAGGUCAGCCGAGAUGACAGCGUUUGUCCCACCUGUCAGCCGCACCCCGUACACAUGUUGAGAUUUAGGUUCCGCAGGGGCAGCCUCCCUCCCAUGAUGCCUCUGGAUUUUGUCGGCUGCAUCGGCGGCUGCGAUGAGACGCUCAGAGAGGUGCUGGACCUGAAAUACCUCAGAGCAGCGGGAGGAGGAGGAGGAGGUGGUGGUGGUGGUGGUGGAGGGGAUAGAAGAGGAGAUGACCGUCUUCCACCACCUCAGAGGCCCCCCAGACAAGAACCACCCAGAGCCCCGAGUUUCAAUCCUCAGCCUGUCCGCUCCUGGACGCCACACCCAGGACCUCCCACGGGCUUCAGCGGCGUGAGUCCAGACUCCAGCGGUGAUGUGAUUGUAUGUAACUGUGGACAGGAAGCGCUCCUCCUGACUGUGCGCAAAGACGGCCCCAACCAGGGUCGCCAGUUCUACAAGUGCAACGCCGGAAGCUGCAACUUUUUCCUGUGGGCGGAUCAACCGGGUCAGCAGGGAGCACCGCAGAGCCGAGGGCCUCCACUGCCGGCGCCGCGGACCUCCCAGCCUCCGAGGCCAUCUCUGGGCUUCAGAAACACAUCUGGGGGAGGCAGAGGGCAGCAAGUGGGCGCACAAGGACACGCGGGACAGGUGAUGUGCAACUGCAAUGAGGCGGCCGUGGCGCGCACGGUGCAGAAGGACGGUCCGAACAAGGGCCGGACGUUCCACACAUGUGGGAAACCAAGAGAGCAGCAGUGUGGCUUCUUCCAGUGGGCUGAUGAGAACGUACCUCCAGCAGGUGGUCUCGGCGUUAACAGUGAUGGAGAUGGAGAGAGGCGGGGGAGGAGGAUGACGGGAAACGGCGUCGCUAACAAACCCCCCGCUGCUCGGAAACCUCGCACCUGCGGCAUCUGCCACACGCCGGGACACACCCGGGUCACCUGUCCUCAGCGCUGACCGCCGUCUCCAGAUGCUCUGAAGGUUAUUGCGUAACAGAUUUUAUUUUCAGAUUGUAAGUGCCUCCUCGCCGGGAGUGGACCUGCUCCUCUACCUCUGGGAUCAAAACCAAAUAAAUAACCCAGAUACUGUUUCUGUGAGGGAACGUUUUACCAACAUUGUCUUGCAUUUAUUAUCUCUCAGGUGACCUUACAGCUGUAGCGUGCUGGCUCAGUAUGAAUGAAUUGUCCUGGAGGAAAGACAUUUAGGGUAAAAUUAACCUUUUGUCCGUCUACCUGCACCUCCAAAGCUCACUGACAUGCUGGUUUAAUCCAUACAAAAACUGAAACACUAGACUUGUAACUCCACAGAAGUGAGAAAUGUAUGCUGCACUGUCAAACCAACAUGUCCAACUUUCAUUCUACUCCUCUGUGAGGCAUAAAUCAAAAGACACGUUUCCCUGCGAGAGAGACAAAAAAAAAAAAGAAUCUCUGAGAGAUGCAGCACCGCGGCGCACACCGAGGUGCUGAACUACUUUUAAAACUUGUAGGUGUUUGUAACCACAGUAACCUGAAAGUGCUCAGCAGUUAAUUGAAAAUUUGCUCGGCUGGCCUUGGAUCAAAUUAUUCCUUCGUCAGUUGUAUUUCUGUGUAUUCACAAUUCUGACAGCCUGCCUGAGAUCAUCUGGAGGAGGAUUCUGUCUCAGAGGCAGCGCUGUAAUGUGCACACGGCUUACAGGUAAUUAAUAGUGUAAUGAAUAGUAAGUUAUAACGAACUGGCUCCUGUCUUUGGUCCGUUUUACCAUCAGUCAGUGUCGAGGAUUUUAUAUUGUUGUGAAGGUUGCUGGAAGAAACGGCAGCAAACGCUUUUACACUGAACGUAUGAUAAGCGUGAGAAGAAAACCGUUUGGCUUUUAUGUUGUUGGUCUGAAGAAGUGUCAGAUUUUCAUGUUCAUGCUGAUGAAUGCUAAUAAAAUGUAAAGUACUCUAACCUUC